AUGAAAGAGCUCACUUUCAGCGUAGCUGCUGUUCAGUACAAUCAAAUCGUGAUGUACGGUCCCUAUUGUCCGCCAGGUUGGUUUUUUUUUUGAUGAAUGAGGAACUGAUUGAAAAUUUCAAAUGGUGCCGUUUUUUUGCAGAGAUGUUCCCUCACGGAGUCUUCCCUCUGGCAAUGAUGGGCCGUCAAGGAAUGCCUCCACCACAGUUGGUUCCCGGCAUGCCGAUGCCUUUCAUUCAUCCUCUUGAGCUCCACCAACUUCUCCGUGUAAGAACUCCGAAUAAGAUCGAGAAAAACAUUCGAAAUCACGCGGAAUCUAUAAAACUCUAUCAAGAAAAAAAAACAGAUAGAAUCGAUAAUUGGCCGCUCAUAGAGAAUAAUAAGGGCCUUGACAGUACAGGCGAAAAUUUUUUGAAACACAGAAGUACGAAAAAAAUUGAUAAUGAGCAGAGAAAAACGUGCAGCAGAGAAUCUCAGAAUUUUUCUAUCAUUAUUACCCAAAUCAAAAAGUAACCAAUGUUUAAAUUUGAAGGCGCAUGACGCAAUCCAAGAACGAAACUAUUAAAAUUUAGCACAAAAACCUUCACUUGCCCCAUAAAAAUUUUCAUUUUCGUAAAGAACAGACAGUCGAAAGGAAUUCAACCUUUUUGAAGGGGAACAAUGCGAAUCCCAAAGCGCAGUCAAUUUCAUGAUAAUUCCUUUGUUCGGCCAUCGAGAACGCCUCAUAAGAUCAAAAACCAACUCAAGACAAUAUUCUUUGAUGAGAUGCGCGAGAUAAAAGAUUGAGCGAUAGAAGUAAUGACGUGAGAUUACUCAACACCUGCUGCCGCUUGGGAGUCCCAAGCGCGUCUAUCGACGCAUCAAGACGCAAUAAGAGCAAUUAUCGGAAAGACGGCGUCUUCGCACAUCCACACGCGCUCUCCUCCUCAUUUCUUUGUCUGUUCUUCGCCAUCCGUACGGUUCACUGCGGCUCGCUACUGCUCUAUCAAACCAAUCUCAUUUAUUUUCCGUUUUCGAAAAUAAUGACAAACGUCGAGUUUCACGAUUACGUGCGGCUUUUGAAGGUAGCUCACUAUUUUUAUUUCAUCCUAAUAUCAAUCUGAGUCAAAAUGAUCAAUUUUCAUUCAGUCACAUUUUCGGUUUUUGAGCCUUUUUCACUUUCAAGUUUUGCGUGAAUUUAGUACCUUUCUGUAGAUACUUCAAAACAAUAGUGUUGAAGAAAAAAACAUACGUUUUGAGCGAAAAUCUACAAGCUGUCGCGCCUUACAACAGCAUAAAAAAUCUCUCAAAGAUAGUCCCCAAAAGAGUUCUUAUUUUUUCCUCUCCUUAUAUCGGUCUAAUUAUACACAAGUCAAACUUCUGACACAUUAACAUAUGAUUAAAAGCUUGUGGAAAAAAAGAAUAAUUAUUUUCGCAAUUUCUUAACCGAAAAAACCUCUCAGCUUUCUUGAAAGUUACGAAAACUUUUUUGAAAGCUUGAUAUUUUCAAGUUUUGUGGAUUGCCUGAUAAAGAAGCGGUUUGUAAAUUUUAUUGGUCACAGCUGUAAAAGGCCGCACACAAAUCAACUGAACACUUUGUGUUUGCUCUCUAUCUCCAGACUUUCGAAGUUCAUUACUAAACUUCUGUUAUAUAAUCUGAAACGUAAUUUUCUAUUUACAGCAAGCUGGAAUGGCCGGAAUGAUGCAUGAUAGCCCGCCACAGCUCCGCAAGCUGUUCAUUGGUGGGUUGAGCCACGACACGACAGAUGAUCAGGUGAACUUUUCGAAAAAUCAUUUUUCAUUCGAACUCAAUCCAAUUCAGCUUGGCACCUACUUUUCUCAAUGGGGACCAGUCGUCGAUGCUAUUGUCAUCAGAGAUCCCAACACAAAGCACUCUCGCGGUUUUGGAUUCGUCACUUUUGCUACAGUAUUCAGCGCGGAAGCUGCUAUGAAGGACCGUCCCCACGUGGUUGGCGGCAAGACGGUAAGCUUUGCAGAAAAGUGGCGUAUCUUGAUGAAUAAAUUCAUAGGGUUUGAAAACAAUUUCGAACUAGCUUUUUAUUGGUUAUUGACAUGACAAAUUUAUGAAAGCAGGCUUUCAGAGCUAUCAAAAAUUGUUGACCUCUUUACUUCUUUUGAGCUGAAGUUUAGCGAGCUCCAACUGAAACACUUUCAGCAAACUUUUUUAUUCGACUUGAGAAAAGACAAUUGUUCACAUCAGUUGGUUCAGGCCACGCAACAAAAAAUAGACUCCUCUGUUAUCUUGUUUUUUGGACCAUUCAUUCUUUCAAGUCGUGGCCAGCCUACCAAACUUUCAUUCGGCAGAGCCUCCUCACGGCUUUGACUUUUAUCUUUUCGACUUUGCACGUCAUUACGGCUCUUCAAAUGGUUCAAACGAAAAAGGUGCUAACGAAAUAUCCUACAGUCAACUUUGUAAUUAAUCCUUAUUAAAACGUCAUUCUCCUUUAUGAUCAAACAUUUUCUGUAGCUAUUACCUGAUUGUUUUUUUUUAUUGAAACAAAUCAUGCAGUACUGGAAAAAGGUAUUACAGAAUCGCUUUUUGGGCAUAACUUUUAUGAAAAUUUACGGCAAUUCAAAUCCUUUCUCAAAACUUUUGAGUCUUGAAACAGCUGUUCAGGAUUAGCAAAGAGUAUUUUUUCUCAGUUCCAAUUCAAAUUUAAAUACAAAGAAAAAAAUAACUUGUCAGUGAUCAAUUUCAAAAGUUACCUGCUGUGAAAAAUCGAUUUCACAAACAAAAAAAAACUGUUGGAACAAAAUGGAACUUAUUCAUUUGAUAUUUCCACGGAGCAAUUCAGGUUGACUCGAAAAGAGCGAUUCCUCGUGAACAAAUGACAGCAAUGAUACCUCCGCCGUUUUUUUCGAAUGCGACCCGGCACCAGGGUGUAAACUUCUGCUUUCCGGUUUUUCUUGGUAAAAAUAAUAUAAAUUGAUUCAAUUUUUGUCAGGAAUCAUGCCCGGCGUUCAUUCUGUAG